GGGGCGGGCCGCGCGAGUCCUUGCUAGAGGCGGCGCUCCGGGCCGCCAUGGCGGAGGUGCAGCAGCUCCGCGUUCAGGAAGCCGUGGAUGCCAUGGUGAAGAACGUGGAGCGAGAGAACAUCCGGAAGAUGCAGGGCCUCAUGUUCAGGUGCAGCGCUGGCUGCUGUGAAGACAACCAGGCAUCCAUGCAGCAGGUGCACCAGUGCAUCGAGCGCUGCCAUGCGCCUCUGGCUCAGGCCCAGGCCUUGGUGACCAGUGAGCUGGAAAAGUUCCAGGACCGGCUGGCCCGGUGUACCAUGCACUGCAAUGACAAAGCCAGAGAUGCCAUGGAUGCAGGGAACAAGGAGCUGCAGGUAAAACGGCAGCUGGACAGCUGCGUGGCCAAGUGUGUGGAUGACCACAUGCACCUUAUCCCAACGAUGACCAAGAAGAUGAAGGAGUCUCUCUCAUCCAUUGGGAAAUAAACAGCUUUGCCAAUAAACAUUUGAACUGA